AUGGCCAACACGACCCGGGCUGGGGCGCUGUCGGUGCAUGGAACGAACCCUCAGUACCUCGUCCCGACUGUCAUUCGCAAGCGUGUCUACGACACCCUCUACUGGAAGGAACACUGCUUUGCGCUCAACUCGGCCACCAUCAUCGACCGCGCCGUCGAACUCAAGUACAUCGGUGGCACGUACGCCAACACGCGCCCGACCGAGUUCAUGUGCCUCGUUCUCAAGCUCCUGCAGCUGCAGCCAGAGCGGGAGAUUGUGCUGGAGUACUUGCGGGCGGAGGAGUUCAAAUACCUCCGAGCACUAGCAGCGUUCUAUGUACGGUUAACUUUCGACUCGCUGAAUGCGUACGAGACGCUCGAGCCCUUGCUGGACGACUACCGCAAGCUGCGGUUCCGAGGAAUGGACGGCUCCUACUCUAUUCUCACGAUGGACGAAUUCGUCGACCAGCUCCUCGCCGGCGAGAUGGUCUGCGAAAUCCAGCUCCCUCGCCUGACGCAGCGCAAAGUCCUCGAAGACACCGAAGGACUCGCGCCCCGACGAAGUAAGCUCGGCAAGGCGAUGGGCGUAAUGGAGGGACUGGAAGGACGGUCGGAUGCGGAGGACGAGAGUGAGGACGAGGAGGGACGGGGACGGUACAUGAGUCGCAGCCCGAGUGCGAGUCGGAGUCCGUCGCCGGUGAGCGGAGAGGAGCCGGAGCCGGAGUACUGGACGGAGGCAUCAGGCGACGAAGAGGACAUGGACCUCGACGGCGGCGCACAACGAGGGCGCGACGUCAAGCGAAGACGGCCGGUCGUCGAGCGGGCGGGGAGUGCGGCAGGAAGCGACGACGGGGACCGGUACAUCAGCAGGAGCCCGAGUCCGGCGGGCAGCGAUGGUCGGUACGUCUCGCGGAGUCCGACGAGGAGUCCUGAGCCGGAGACGAUCGAGGUCGAGCACAUCGACGGAGACGUCUGA